GAAAAACGGAACAAAAAGUUUAACGCCGUCUACUUCCUCCCUCUCUCGCUCGCUUGCCGUCCGUCUUCUCAGGUAAUAAGCUUCUUCAUUUUCGCCUAUCUUUUCGAUUCGACACGCAAGUUUCCAAUGUUUGUCUCCACACCUAAAUCCCAGAGAGAGAGAUCGAUAAAACCCUAAUUAGCCUGUACGCAGUGGCACACUCUCUCCUUAAUCUGAAUUGGAAGAAGAAUGCAAUUUUCUUGUGAUCCUGAUCAAGAGGGAGACGAGCUGCCACAAUAUGAACACAUCUAUCAAAAUGACUUCUCUUAUCGAAAGCACAAGAAACAGAAGGAAGAAGAUAUUUCUAUCUGCGAAUGCAAGUUCGAUUUCGGAGACCCUGACAGUGCUUGUGGUGAGAGAUGCCUCAAUGUCAUAACCAACACCGAGUGCACACCUGGUUACUGCCCUUGUGGUGUCUAUUGCAAGAAUCAGAAGUUUCAGAAAUGUGAAUACGCCAAGACCAAGUUGAUUAAGUCUGAAGGUCGUGGUUAUGGACUAGUGGCUGUCGAAGACAUAAAGGAAGGACAGUUCAUUAUUGAGUACUGUGGAGAAGUAAUCUCAUGGAAAGAAGCAAAGCGUAGGGCUCAAACUUAUGAAACUCAUGGUGUAAAGGAUGCAUACAUAAUAUCUCUCAAUGCUUCUGAGGCUAUUGAUGCCACUAAGAAGGGAAGCCUUGCUAGGUUUAUAAAUCAUUCAUGUAAACCAAAUUGUGAGACGAGGAAGUGGAAUGUUCUUGGAGAAGUUAGAGUUGGGAUCUUUGCAAAGGAGAGCAUAUCUCCACGGACGGAACUGGCUUAUGACUAUAACUUUGAGUGGUAUGGAGGAACCAAAGUCCGCUGUCUCUGUGGUGCAGUCUCUUGUUCUGGAUUUCUUGGAGCCAAGUCUCGUGGCUUUCAGGAGGAUACAUAUGUAUGGGAGGACGGUGAUGAUCGGUACUCGGUUGAUAAGAUUCCAGUCUAUGAUUCUGCAGAAGACGAGCUUACAUCUGAACCUCCUAAGAAUGUGGAGUCCAACACAAAUGAAGAGAAAGAUACUGUUGUAACAGAAAAGAACCAUUUGGAGUCUUCUACUGAUCUGAUUGUUGAGCAAUCAGAGUCAGUUCCUAUGGAGGAAGAUGUUGUCACAGAAACUGUUAAAACAGAAGAAGCUGAAGAAGAAGAUACAAAGCUGACUUUACAAGAUUUACCGCAGAAAACAGCAGUUGUUAUAUCACGCCCUCGCGAUAAGUCUCUUCCGAAGAAAAGAGGAAGGCCGAUUUCAAGCGGGAAGACAAAGAAUGUCCCUCAGAAGCACGUCGACAUAGCACAUGUGGUUCAGCUGCUAGCAAGCAAAGAAGCUCAAGAUGAGAUUCUCAAAUACGAGGAGGUGAAGAAGGAAGCAGCGGUACGUCUGUCGUCAUUGUACGAUGAGAUAAGACCAGCGAUUGAAGAGCAUGAGAGAGAUAGCCAAGACAGUGUAGCAACAAGUGUGGCGGAGAAGUGGAUACAAGCAAGCUGUGAUAAACUCAGGGCAGAGUUUGAUCUUUACUCUUGUGUGGUAAAGAACAUCGCUUGCACUCCCAUCAAACCACACAAGACUAAAAUUGCAGAAACAGGAGAUGAUGACCAGACCAAGCCCGCGGAAAGCUGAGAAUGAGCUCCAAAACCUGCUAGUUGACUCGGAGGUUAUGGUUAUAAUACAUUAAUUAUUGUGGUCUCAAGACUUUUGUGGGACGGUUAAGUUUCGCGGUAAAUGACAUGUGUAUCAUUUGAUUGAUUAGUCAGAUCCAAUGAGAAGGUGACGAAAAACCGCGUGGAGAAUAAUAUAAAGUCCAUUUCUUUUUUA